GGCCGGAAGUGUGCGAGGGCGGAGGGAGAGGCGUGAGUGGUUGCGGACGCGCGUUUCCGGCCAGGGCGUCGACGUCGGCGGGCUGCGAAGGGGUUCUCGGCGGGCUCUCCGGCUAGCGCCUUACGCACUCCUCUGGCUCCGAGGCUCUCAGUCUCCGCUCACCUCGCCGUAGGCCCUGACGACAUGAGCAGCAAAGAAGUUCUGUAAUUGCUCCACCUUGUGCCAGACCAGGGAAGCCACUGGUGGAGGCCCGGGCUCAGGAGGGUUCAGGAAAAGGAAGCAUGACAAUUUCCCACAUAACCAGAGGAGAGAAGGGAAGGAUGUUAACUCCUCUUCACCCGUGAUGUUGGCCUUCAAAUCAUUUCAGCAGGAACUUGAUGCAAGACAUGACAAAUAUGAGAGACUUGUGAAACUUAGUCGGGAUAUAACUGUUGAAAGUAAAAGGACAAUUUUUCUCCUCCAUAGGAUUACAAGUGCUCCUGAUAUGGAAGAGAUAUUGACUGAAUCAGAAAUUAAAUUGGAUGGUGUUAGACAAAAGAUAUUGCAAGUAGCCCAAGAGCUCUCAGGAGAAGAUAUGCAUCAAUUUCAUAGAGCCAUUACUACAGGACUGCAGGAAUAUGUGGAGGCUGUCUCUUUUCAACACUUCAUCAAAACACGAUCACUAAUCAGUAUGGAUGAAAUUAAUAAACAAUUGAUAUUUACAACAGAAGAAUAUGGAAAAGAAAAUAAGACCCCCUCCUCUGAUGCGCAGGAUAAGCAGUUUGGCACUUGGAGACUGAAAAUCACACCUGUCGAUUACCUGCUGGGAGUGGCUGAUUUAACUGGAGAGUUGAUGCGGAUGUGUAUUAACAGUGUGGGGAAUGGGGAUAUUGACACCCCCUUUGAAGUGAGCCAGUUUUUACGUCAGGUGUAUGAUGGGUUCUCAUUCAUUGGGAAUACGGGACCUUAUGAGGUUUCUAAAAAGUUGUAUACCCUGAAACAAAGUCUGGCCAAAGUGGAGAAUGCUUGUUAUGCCUUGAAAGUCAGAGGUUCAGAAAUUCCAAAACAUAUGCUGGCAGAUGUCUUUUCAGUUAAAACAGAAAUGAUUGAUCAAGAAGAGGGCAUUUCUUAGGAUACCCUACUUGGUUGUUAUUCUCUUGAGAGACCAGUUUGUAAGACUGUUAUUUAGUAUUUCGUUUGACUUUAUUGUGGCUUUUACAUAGAAAUGUUUUCAGUUGUACUUGUUUUAAAUUGUAAACAACCUGUACAUAAAUUAUCGAGACGAAUCAUUUUUUUAUCUUACUCACGAAAGUUUGCAUACAAAUAUUUGCAUAUAUGCCUAUUUGAAUUUUUGCUGGCUAAAUUUCAUCAUUUAUCUUUGUAAUGUGAAUAUGCUUAGAGUGCACUUUCUGCCAUACCUGUUUUAAUUGACAGUGUGUGAAGUUUGGAGUGAUAAUAUUUAGUGGAAGCCAUUUAUAAUUUAAGUGAAGAUUUUGUUAUAUAUAGAAAAGAUUUCUUAGUUACACGUCUGGACUUGAGCUUCCUGUUUAAAUUUCUUGGUAAUAUUUUGUCAAGCCUCCACUAUAGGCUUAUUCUAUAGGACAAGAAUGAAAAAUUAUUAAGUUAUCAAUAGACUUAAUUUUAUGAGGUAUAGUAGUGAGAAUUCAUAUUCUGGCCAGUUUUUAGGCCAUUUUGAAUCCAUUUGAAAGCCUUCCAGAAAAGUGACAAGACACCCAAUUUUUAGUUUUUACAUCUAGUUUUUAUCCUUUAUCACAGAAAGUCUGAUAGUGAAUUGGAGCUAACGUUUUAAUAUCUUCACUGGUGUUUGAGUUCAAUUAUAUAAUUGUACAUACAUCUGAAAAUCUUUCAGUAAUGAUUAUUUAGCAAUUCUUUCAUUGUCAUUGUAUUACAUUAGGCAUGUUUCUUAUAGAUGCGUCUAUAAGAAAUUACGUUUAAAUAAUUAUAAUGAAGCUUGAAAUUUUUGAAAUACUGAGUUAAUUCAAACCUUUAUAGUUAUCCAGUUGUGUUACUUGAUAGUAUAAAAAGUUGCCAAAGAAAAUUUAUCAUGUACAAUUCAGCAAUAAGACAAUUGUCAACACAGUUGGGAAUAACAGUGGUAGUCUCUAGUAAUAUUUAGAAGUGGAAUUUGCCUUCUGGAAUUAGUUAUAGCUUAUUCCCUGUGAUGUGAAACUGAUUUGAGCAUGACACUACUGGCUGACAACCAGACGUUUCCAUUCGGUUUUGUGAGUUUUGAGAAUCUAGAUAAUGGAUUUUAUUUGUGGAAAGACUAGCUGCUCUGUUUGCAAGGGCUGGUUCUUUGAAAGUGAAAAUUUCCCCAAAACAAAUAUAUAUGCCACAUAUAUAUCAUGUAAAGGAAAAUGAGACGUAGACAUGCCUAAUAAAUUAGGUUGGUUGGUUUGCUUUGGUGGUGAUAAGUGUUUUGGUUUUCCUACUUGAGGACAUUGCUAAAAUAUAGUUUCAUUACAUAUUUUUGUUUCUUUUGCCACUUAAAGUUAAAUUUAUAAUGUUAAAAGUAAAAUAAUAAAUGGAUUGAUGAAUGUCUUACAGAUGUUUAAAACUGAAGUCUUUAAAUAAAAUAUGGAAAGAUAAAA